AUGAUGUGUGAAGUGAUGCCCACGAUUAAUGAGGACACCCCAAUGAGCCAGAGGGGGUCCCAAAGCAGUGGCUCGGACUCAGACUCCCAUUUUGAGCAGCUGAUGGUGAAUAUGCUUGAUGAAAGGGACCGUCUUCUAGACACCCUACGCGAGACCCAAGAAAGUCUUUCCCUUGCCCAGCAAAGACUGCAGGAUGUCAUCUACGACAGAGAUUCGCUCCAGAGACAGCUCAACUCAGCCCUGCCACAGGAUAUCGAAUCCCUAACAGGAGGUCUGACUGGUUCUAAGGGGGCUGAUCCACCGGAAUUUGCUGCACUGACAAAAGAAUUAAAUGCCUGUAGGGAACAACUUCUAGAAAAGGAAGAAGAAAUUUCUGAACUUAAAGCUGAAAGAAAUAACACAAGACUGUUACUGGAGCAUUUGGAGUGCCUUGUGUCACGACACGAAAGGUCACUGAGAAUGACGGUGGUAAAACGGCAAGCCCAGUCCCCCUCGGGAGUUUCCAGUGAAGUUGAGGUUCUCAAGGCACUGAAAUCUUUGUUUGAGCACCACAAGGCCUUGGAUGAAAAGGUAAGGGAGCGACUGAGGGUUUCUUUAGAAAGAGUCUCUGCACUGGAAGAAGAACUAGCUGCUGCUAAUCAGGAGAUUGUUGCCUUGCGUGAACAAAAUGUUCAUAUACAAAGGAAAAUGGCAUCAAGUGAGGGAUCCACAGAGUCAGAACAUCUUGAAGGGAUGGAACCUGGCCAGAAAGUUCAUGAAAAGCGUUUGUCCAAUGGUUCUAUAGACUCGACUGAUGACACUAGUCAAAUAGUUGAACUACAGGAAUUGCUUGAAAAGCAAAACUAUGAAAUGGCCCAGAUGAAAGAACGGUUAGCAGCACUUUCUUCCCGAGUGGGAGAGGUAGAACAAGAAGCAGAGACAGCAAGAAAGGAUCUCAUUAAAACAGAAGAAAUGAAUACUAAAUAUCAAAGGGACAUCAGGGAGGCCAUGGCACAGAAGGAAGAUAUGGAAGAAAGGAUCACAACCCUUGAGAAGCGUUACCUCAGUGCUCAGAGAGAAUCUACCUCCAUACAUGAUAUGAAUGAUAAACUAGAAAAUGAGUUAGCAAAUAAAGAGGCCAUCCUCCGGCAGAUGGAAGAGAAGAACAGACAGUUACAAGAACGACUUGAGCUCGCUGAGCAGAAGCUGCAGCAGACUAUGAGAAAAGCUGAGACCUUACCUGAAGUAGAGGCUGAACUGGCUCAGAGAAUUGCAGCCCUGACAAAGGCUGAAGAGAGACAUGGAAAUAUUGAAGAACGUAUGAGACAUCUGGAAGGUCAACUUGAAGAGAAAAACCAAGAACUUCAAAGAGCUAGGCAAAGAGAGAAAAUGAAUGAGGAGCACAACAAAAGGUUAUCCGACACUGUGGACAGACUUCUGACUGAGUCCAAUGAACGCUUACAGCUACACUUAAAGGAGAGAAUGGCGGCUCUAGAGGAGAAGAAUGUUUUAAUUCAAGAAUCAGAAACUUUCAGGAAGAAUCUAGAAGAAUCUCUACAUGAUAAGGAAAGAUUAGCAGAAGAAAUUGAAAAGCUGAGAUCUGAACUUGACCAAUUGAAAAUGAGAACUGGCUCUUUAAUUGAACCCACAAUAUCAAGGACUCAUCUGGACCCCUCAGCUGAGUUGCGCUAUUCCGUUGGAUCCCUCGUGGACAGCCAGUCUGACUACAGAACCACUAAAGUAAUAAGAAGACCACGGAGAGGCCGCAUGGGUGUGAGAAGAGAUGAGCCAAAGGUAAAAUCUCUUGGAGAUCAUGAGUGGAAUAGAACGCAACAAAUUGGAGUGCUAAGCAGCCACCCUUUUGAAAGUGACACAGAAAUAUCUGAUAUUGAUGAUGAUGACAGAGAAACAAUUUUUAGCUCAAUGGAUCUUCUCUCUCCAAGUGGUCAUUCUGAUGCCCAGACUCUAGCUAUGAUGCUUCAGGAACAACUGGAUGCUAUCAACAAAGAGAUCAGGCUAAUUCAGGAAGAAAAAGAAUCUACAGAGUUACGUGCUGAAGAAAUUGAGAACAGAGUAGCUAGUGUGAGCCUGGAAGGCCUGAAUUUAGCGCGAGUCCACCCAGGGACCUCCAUCACUGCCUCCGUUACAGCGUCUUCACUGGCCAGCUCAUCGCCCCCCAGUGGACAUUCAACGCCAAAGCUCACACCGCGAAGUCCUGCCAGGGAAAUGGACCGGAUGGGAGUCAUGACACUGCCAAGUGAUCUAAGGAAACACCGGAGAAAGAUUGCAGUGGUGGAAGAAGAUGGUCGGGAGGAUAAAGCAACAAUUAAAUGUGAAACUUCCCCUCCUCCGACCCCUAGGACCAUCAGGAUGACUCACACCCUCCCUUCUUCCUACCACAAUGAGGCCAGAAGUAGUUUAGCUGCCUCCCUGGAGCCAGACAGCCUUGGGCUUGGCAGUGCCAACAGCAGCCAAGACUCUCUUCACAAGGCCCCCAAGAAGAAGGGAAUCAAGUCUUCGAUAGGACGUUUGUUUGGUAAAAAAGAAAAAGCUCGGCUCGGGCAGCUCCGAGGCUUCAUGGAGACUGAAGCUGCGGCUCAGGAGUCCCUGGGGUUAGGCAAACUUGGAACUCAAGCUGAGAAGGAUAGAAGACUGAAGAAAAAGCAUGAACUUCUAGAGGAAGCUCGAAGGAAGGGUUUACCUUUUGCCCAGUGGGACGGGCCCACAGUGGUUGCAUGGCUAGAGCUCUGGUUGGGAAUGCCUGCCUGGUACGUGGCAGCCUGCCGAGCCAAUGUGAAGAGCGGUGCCAUCAUGUCUGCUUUGUCAGACACUGAGAUCCAGAGAGAAAUUGGAAUCAGCAAUCCCCUGCAUCGCUUAAAGCUCCGAUUAGCAAUCCAGGAGAUGGUUUCCCUAACAAGUCCUUCAGCUCCUCCAACAUCCCGAACUCCUUCAGGCAACGUUUGGGUGACCCAUGAAGAAAUGGAAACUCUUGCAGCUCCAGCGAAAACGAAAGAAUCUGAGGAAGGAAGCUGGGCCCAGUGUCCGGUUUUCCUACAGACCCUGGCAUACGGAGAUAUGAACCACGAGUGGAUUGGAAAUGAAUGGCUUCCCAGCCUGGGGUUACCUCAAUACAGAAGUUACUUUAUGGAGUGCUUGGUAGAUGCAAGAAUGUUAGAUCAUCUAACAAAAAAGGAUCUCCGUGUCCAUUUAAAAAUGGUGGAUAGUUUCCAUCGAACAAGUUUACAGUAUGGGAUUAUGUGCUUAAAAAGGUUGAAUUAUGACAGAAAAGAGCUGGAAAGAAGACGAGAAGCAAGCCAACAUGAAAUAAAAGAUGUGUUGGUGUGGAGCAAUGAUCGAGUUAUUCGCUGGAUCCAAGCAAUAGGCCUUCGAGAAUAUGCAAAUAAUAUCCUUGAGAGUGGAGUGCACGGCUCACUGAUAGCCCUGGACGAGAACUUUGACUACAGCAGCAUGGCUUUGCUACUGCAGAUUCCAACACAGAACACCCAGGCCAGGCAGAUUCUUGAAAGGGAAUACAAUAACCUCCUGGCUCUGGGAACGGAGCGUCGGCUGGAUGAAAGUGAUGACAAGAAUUUCAGGCGUGGAUCAACCUGGAGAAGGCAGUUUCCUCCCCGUGAAGUACAUGGAAUCAGCAUGAUGCCUGGGUCCUCAGAAACAUUACCAGCCGGGUUCAGGUUAACCACAACAUCUGGGCAGUCAAGGAAAAUGGCGACGGAUGUUGCCUCUUCAAGACUGCAGAGGUUAGACAACUCCACUGUUCGCACAUACUCAUGUUGA